AAAACACCCGCACCUCCUCUCUUCUUCCUUCGACGAUCAUAAGCACCAAAAGCAAAGAUAAUUUCUGGGUUUUACUUCCUCUGUCAUGGAUUUUUACACAGACGACAGCAUGGUGAGAAACGACGCUGAGUUUUGAGCUUUGUUGAAUGUUGUUCCCGGCGGUGGAGAAGGUGGAUACGCCGCCGGAGCUGGAGAAACCGACGGACAGACGGCCGAAGGUGGAGAAGGUGAUUACAUGACUCCUGAGGGCGGAGAAGGCUCUGGACAGAAGGCCGGAGGUGGAGAAGGUGAUGGACACAGUGGCCGACGUGGAGAAGGUGACGUUGAGACGGACCUAGCCAGAGAGGAUGAAGGACAGACGUCGCCGACGGCCAUGGACGUCGUUUCUGACCUCGAUGGAGAAAGGUUGGCAAAGGAGAGAAAACUUGGAAAAGAUCCGGAAGUUGGUAUGGAGUUUGAAAGUAGAGAAGUGGUCUAUGAUUUUUACAAAGCAUAUGGGAAGCGUUUGGGAUUUCCUGUAAGAACUAGGAGCACAACGAAAGACAAAAGAGGAAGACAGAUUGCGUCAAUUGUACUGGAGUGUUCGCGGGCUGGUCAUAGAGGUACUCGGUCAAAAAAUCAAUUGAAGCCCCAACCUUCAAUGCAAAUAGGGUGUGGAGCUAGACUACGUGCGCACGUAAUUUAUUCGGGACUUUGGCAAAUUUCAAAAGUGUUUCUACAACAUUCACACCCUAUGAGUCCAACAAAGGCCAGACUAUUCUGGUGCAAUAGGAGGUUGACUCAUGGAAUGGCGAGGAAACUUGCAAUAAAUGAAGUUGCGGGAAUACGACUUAAUAAAAGCUUCACCGCGGAUAUGAUCAACUUCCCUUCAUUGAAAAAGAUUGUAGGAACUAUAUAGAUAAAGUGAGACAACUUAGGUUAGGUAGUGGCGAUGCAAUUGCCAUUCAAGGGUUCUUUGCUAAAAUGCAAGACCAAUGCCCCAGAUUUUUCUUUGCACUUGACUUAGAUGAGGAGUCAAGAUUGCGUAAUGUAUUUUGGGCCGAUAAUAGGUGUAGAUAUGCGUACAAAGAAUUUGGAGAUGUCAUAACAUUUGACACGACCUAUCUUACGAAUAGAUAUGACAUGCCUUUUGCACCAUUUGUCGGGGUAAAUCAUCACGG